AGUUGUCUGUCAGAUAUGACUAAAUAACUUCGUAAUUUGGCCUCGGGUUAUUCCUCCGCAGCAAUACCAUUUUAAGCUAUUUAAAACUUUGUGAUAAGAUAGGAAUAAACCCAUAGGUUAACCGUAUUAACUCACUCACCAUCGACCGGUUAAACAUGCAGCCCCAAGAUAAAAAAUCCAUCGAGAACAAGAGUUCACAAAUCCUCAACCACGAGGAAAAUCAUGAAAUUUUUCGAAUAUUAGGUCUUCGUUGUAAAACUAUCGCUACAGCCGUAGUUCAACUUUACACAACUCACCCCCCAUCUCACGACCGGUGGGUAAAGAAAAAUGCGGGGGUUUUAUGCUUCGUAAGAGAUAACACAAAGAGAAAUUAUUUUUUUCGUUUAUACGAUUUAUACCAAAAAACUAUGGUGUGGGAACAAGAACUUUAUAAUGGUAUGGAAUAUAUAAGACUGUGCAGUUAUUUACAUGCUUUUGAAGGAGAGAAGAGCGUUUAUGGAUUCAAUUUUGUUUGCGAAAACGAAGCUACCGAUAUGUUAAGUGUUGUAACAGAGAAAAUACAGAGUAAAAAACGUCGUGAAGCUCGAAAUUCCGGAGAAGGAAAUAAUAGAGAUUUAAAACCGGCGGCACCCAUCUUUACUAAUGAUGCCUUUAAAAACACUGGGAAUGAAAGAAAAGACAAAACUAAACGGAAACGUAAUCUCACCAAAGCCGACAUUGGAGUUCCUAAAGAAUUUAGACAUGUUUCGCAUAUUGGUUGGGACAAAGAUAAAGGUUUUGAUGUAAAUACUAGUGAUCAAACAUUACAACAAUUCUUUAAAAAGGCUGGCGUAUCGGAAAAGCAUUUAAAAGACGAAGCUACGAGAGAGUUUAUUUACGAUUUUAUUGAAAAACAUGGUGGUCGAGAUGCAGUUGAGAAAGUAAUCGAAAAGAAAGAAUAUCCAGCUCCUAAAUCUACCCCAGGAACACCCGUUCCUCCGGUACCACCAAGAGUAGCACCCAAAGCUCCUCACACUCGAAUUGCUCCUCCUCCCCCAACGUCAUCAGGACAACCACCCCCACGACCUCAAUAUCAACCAAGAGGAGGUACAAUUCCUCCUCCUCCACCAGAAAACGCCCCACCAGCACCACCUCCACUUCCUCCUUUAAACGAUAUCGCGCCACCUCCACCCCCGUUACCCCCACCAGGUGAUUUCAACUCGGAUAUACAACAACCAUCAAAUCUAACAACCACUGAUGAUCCAAGAUCGGCUUUAUUGGAAAGUAUUCGUAAUAAAGUAACAUUAAAACCGGUUGAAAUGGUGGAACAAAAACCGAGUAGCGGCGGUGGAGAUAGAGAUGAUAUAUUUAAAGAAAUUAAAAAGGGGGUUCAAUUAAAACCUGUUGAGGAAAGAGAAAUUAAACCACCGACUCCAAAUAAUGAGUGUUUGGAUUUGGCGGGUGCUUUAAAGAGAGCUUUGGAAGGUCGAAGACCGGUGAUAGAUUCUGACGGGUCUGAUACAGAUUCGAGCUCAAACGAUGACGCUUGGGAUGCGUAAAUUUAUUAUUACUAACACAAAAAUGUUUUAGGCACUUUUUAACUUUCACUUUUCCUUAACACUUCUUUCUAUUAUUAUUCUAAGUACAAUAACAGUUUUAGGUUUAAAAUAAAAAUCAAUUUUAAGAUUAUCAGUAUAUCAUAUUAAUUGUAGAAGAGUUAUAAAUUCUUUUAGAGUUGAGGAGGUUUUUAUAUUUUCGUUUUAAGAUUAGCUUAUAGUUUUAAACAGCAACAAAUUGUAUUUAAGAUUUAAUUAAGUCAAUAUAGGUGACUAAUGUUGUAUAUAAUCAAUUUGAUUUUCAUCUUCCAGGAAUUUACAUAGACUGGAUUGUACAGUUUAGUAUUUUUAUAUACUUAAAUAGUUUUAGGGCCAUGUUAUGAUUGUUAAUGCAAUAAUAAAAAAAAUAAAAAGUUGA